CCAGAUUCUAAUUUACAAAGAUGGAACCAAGAGGUAUUUUCAAUUUUGCCACGAGAGUAAAGAAAGAACCCGAAGAUGUGCUGCUCAAUCAAAAUGAUUUUCAAAUGAUCGAGGAGGCAUUUGAUACUAAAAACUUUCAAUUCUUAGAAUGUCUAAGAAAAAAUUCAGUGCUUCGAGAGUGUGACGAGAUGCAAAUCGAACUCGAAUGUAAAGACAUGAAGCCCGAGGUGAAUUUUUCAGCAGUCAAAAAAAUUGAGAAUUGUUCCCCAAAUCAUUUGCAGAAUAUAAAACUCAGCGAUGAUUAUGAAAAUCAUGACAUAAUUAAACGAGAAACGGCGAAUAGAGUAAAAAAAGAAUUGAAUUUGAAUGUCAAUUUUGCACUCACGCAAAAACGCCAUCUCAUAGCCCACGCCGAUGUGACCCAUAUUACUCACGCGAGUGAUAUUUGUAAAAAGAAUUUCUCAUCAAAGAGAAAUCUCAAAAAACAUAUUGAUUCGAUUCAUCGUGGUAUUCAUCAUACUUGUGAUACGUGUGGAAAAACAUUCAAACAAAAGGGUAAUCUUACAAUCCACGUCGAUUCUGUGCAUAAUGGUAUUUCACACGCAUGCAAUAUAUGUAGAAAGACAUUCACGCAAAAAGGAAAUCUUAAAAUCCACAUAAAUGUGGCACACAACGGUGCCACCAAUACAUGCAAUAUAUGCGGGAAGAAAUUCUCAAGCUCAAGUUAUCUCAAAAUCCACAUCAGUGCGAUCCAUCGCGGCAUAACUCAUCCAUGCGUUACGUGCGGAAAGACAUUCAAGCUCAAGGUCAGUCUCAGAAACCACAUCAAGAUGACCCAUGGUGGUAUAAAUCAUGCGUGCGUUACGUGCGGGAGAGAAUUUGCAACGAAGAGAUAUCUCAAAGACCACACAGAUACCAAGCACAAAAGUAUCACCCAUGCAUGCGAUAUUUGUGGAAAGAUAUUCUCACACAAGAGUAGUCGCAAUGCGCACAUCAAAGCCGCUCAUGAUGGCAUAACCCGCGCAUGUGACGUAUGCGGGAAGAAAUUCUCGACAACCAGCUCUCUCAACGUUCACAUUGAUUCUAAGCACAAUGGUAGCAGAUAUACAUGCGACAUAUGUAAAAAGACUUUCGCGUAUAAGGCUAUUCUCAAAAACCACAUCAAUUCUGUGCAUAAGUUUAUCACGCACGCAUGCGAUGUAUGCGGUAUGAAAUUUUCCUAUAAAUGUAAUCUCAAACGCCAUAUCGAUAGGGUGCACAUUGGUAUCACUCAUUCAUGCAAUAUUUGCGGUCAAUCAUUUACAGUAAAUGGAAAUCUUAAAAAACACAUAGAGGCAAUACAUAGCGGCAUCACUCAUGAAUGUCAUAUAUGCGGAAAAAAAUUGAAACGAAAGGAUCACCUAAAACAUCACGUGGAUAAAGUGCAUAAAGGUAUCACACAUAAAUGCGAUGUAUGCGGGAAGAAAUUUGGAGACCGACGUAAUCUCAAUCGACAUGUAAAAGCGUUGCAUAUUGGUGUUACUUAAGCACGUGAUACCAGUGAAAAUAUAAAUUCAAAGGUCAUCUUAGAGCCCAUUUUAAUAUAAUAUACCCUAUCCACCGACCUGUAUGACAAUUUUAAUACAAUGUUAAAAUUUUAAUAACUUUAAAAAAUUAUCGUUUGUAUAAAGCACUGUUCUUACUUUGAAUUAAUUUAAAUAUAAUACAAUAUUAAAAUAUUAGAUUGAUAUAUUAUAUAAUAUUUAUAAAUUAAUACAUUUUUUAAUUAUUUAAUUAAUUUUAUAUUAAUACAUGCAUUGAUUCUAAACUACACUAUUUGUAAAAUGACUGAUUCUGAUGUUACGCUUAAUUUUCGCGUGUACAUAUGAAUACUUAACGUAUACUGGAUGCGAAUAAAAUCGUUUAUAAUAAACAAUAAUAGACUCGGUACUGUAUAAUACUUAAAAAUGUCUUAAAUAAAUAAUGAUGCAUUAAUGUUUAAUGAUCGAUUCCCAA